AUGGGAACCCGUCUCUUCCCAGCCAUUCAGCACCGCAAUACCAUAGAGACUUUGGUGGAGUCUGGUGUCAUUGAUGGGGACUUGGCUGACAAAUGGAAUAAAAAGGUGGAACAGAAGAAGAAAAUGGAAAAAUUGCUGAAGAAGGCAGAAGCCGGUGAUGGAAGUGCAAUGUAUAGCGCAGGAAUCAAGUAUGGAAGUGGAUUGGACGGUUUCAAGAAAGACAAGAAGUUGGCCUUUCAGUGGCACAAGAAAGCUCAUGAGGUUGGGGAUGUCAGGGGCAAGGCAUUGAUGGGUUGGUGCUAUCUGCAUGGGACAGGCGUGGCCAAGCAACACUCACUUGGGCUUUUUUACCUUAUUGAUGCAGCAUCCCAAGGAUCAAACUUUGCAGCCUAUGACUUGGGAA